AUGUCUCAACCGAACUCGAAAGACAAUCGCGCCCGGCUUCCCGAAGCCGCCCACGAAGAUACCCCUGGCAUUGCUGGAGAUCAGGCACGCAGCCAGGCUCCCCCUUACGCGUACGAUCAUGGCAUCCUAACAAACUAUAACCUUGCAGCGUCAUAUACAACUGUUUAUGGCGACUCGGCUGACAGGGAUUGGCAAGACGUUGCUCUACUGUUCGCCAGUACGCUUCUGAAGGUCAAUGCGUUGAAUGAGGCGCUCCAUCACGCCUCUCAAGCCAGGAAUGCACACGCUUUCGCUUUGUGCGAUGACUUCGUCCGCAACUUCGAUAAGUGCCUUCAGGAUCGCAUCUUAGCCCUCGCCCAUGGCGAAACACAUGACGUUCUGGGUCAUGAGCGUCUGCCCGGAGCAAGCAUGAUGCGCUGGGCCUCAAAGAACGCUUCAAAGACUAAAGUGGAAUCUUCCACUCAGACCGUAGAAGACGACGGCUCCUCACAUUCGAUUUACGAGGUCACAGUACAUAUUCCACACCCUGAUAAUGAGUCUCCUCGCAGGGAGCGUUCCCGUAUCGUGCCUGUUGAGAGCACAGGCACUGAAACUGUCCCUUUCAACGAUGACCAGUUCAGCACCAAGCAGGGGAUAUAG